GGUCAUGUACCCACCCGGAAGCGGCGCGGGGCCCCUCAGUGUCGGUGCCGCCGCCGCGGUCCCGGCUGUGUCCGGGGCUGCGCUCGGUGUGUUCCCGCGGGGCCGGGACCGCCUGAGCCCACGGGGAAGGGCCUUCGGGGCACUAAUGGAGCUCACGGCCCGCGUGUGGAGGGCCGCGGGGCUGUCACCCGCCUGCUGCAGGCCGUGGUGGCGGGCGGUGAGGGGCGGCUCGGCCAAAGGUGGGCCUGAGGCAGCACCGGGCCCUGGGGGAGGUGGCGGUCGGCUGCACCCCCCGGCCCUAAAGGAGGGUUUUAGGGCGUCCAGCACCUCCUCCGAGGGCCUGGCCCCACAGAGCCAGCCGCGAGCGGGGUCCUACGAGAGAGGGGCCCGGCAGGCUGCCCCUGCCACCGGGGAGCUGUGGGGCUCCAGAGAGGGCGGCUUGUGGAAGGCGAGGAAGAGGCUGGAGCGAAAGCCUCUGGUGAUUGCAAGGACUAAAGGCUCAGAGAUCUUGUUUGGGAUCGCCCCGUGUUCCCUGGCCCUGUCUCAUUCGAGAAGGGACCUGUUCAGGUUGUUCCUCAAGCAGAGCAGCGGCUCCCGGCAGCUUGUGAUGAGUGAGUUUGUCCUUCAGGCCACGGCCCGGGGGGUCCCUGUGCACCACGUCAACAGGAGGGAGCUGGAUGCUCUUUGCAGAGGUCAGGUCCACCAGGGAGUUUGUUUGGAGGCCACUCCUCUGCGUUUCAAGAGUUUGGAGGAAGCUGAAAACCCUGAUUUGGGGGAUGAAGCGCGUCCGAACCGGCAGCUCAUUUGGCUGGUGUUGGAGCAGAUCCAGGAUCCCAUGAACCUGGGAGCACUGCUGCGCUCCGCGUACUUCUUAGGGGUGGACAGAGUGGUGACGAGCCAGAGGAACAGCUGCCCCUUGACUCCAACAGUGAGCAAAGCUAGUUCUGGAGCUAUGGAAGUCCUCGAUGUCUACAGCACCGAUGAUCUCCAGAGCUUUUUGAAGGCUAAAGCUGCAGAAGGCUGGGAAGUCCUGGGAACAGUCAGCAAGCCUGAGGAUGCAGAGAGUAUCCCUGUCAUCAGCUGCUCGGAAUUUCAGUGGAAUAAACCUGUUAUUAUAGUAAUAGGUAACGAAGGGGAUGGGCUGUCCCUAGAGACACAGCUCCUGUGCCAUCGGAUGCUGGCCAUUCCCCCUGGCAGAGCCCUUCACCCCGGGAUCGAGUCACUGAACGUCUCUGUUGCUACUGGUAUUCUCCUGCACUCCAUCUGCAGCCAAAAGCUGAAGCCCGGUGACUGAAAUGCUUUAUUUGGUGGUGGAAGCUGCUCGGCGUUUUGCGGCUGUGCUCUGUGGAUAUGGAAGUGCCCUUUUCAGGGUCUUCAUCAUCACUGCAACUUUACGGGGAGAGGCACUGGCCUGAGCUCAGCUUGGUUGGCACAUCAGAACCCUGGCUUAAUGCUGAGGUCAGACACUUGUGUGUACUGGGUACCACCUCCCAUCAACACUUCAGAGGAGAGGCUGUAAGGAAUGGAAGCAAAGGUAGUUUUUUAAAGCAGACAGCCAUAUCCUUCAGUUCCUGCAGUAAAAUUCCUGGUGGUGGCUGUGAGACUUGUGCUGUUGCACAGGGGACUUUGUACAUUGCUCGUGCUGUGGAGAGAACUUGGGUUCUAGGUGAGAAACUGCUCGGCAGGUGCUGCCAUUGGGAGUGCCCUGAGCCCACCACCCCCUUAGCAGCCCAGAGGGUGCUGGUGAGAGCCAGGUAUGAUUUGGGACUACUCAGUAGCAAUUUCCUCAUGAUGAGGCGGUUUCUCUGUUACCUAUUGCUGCUUGAAUGACUGAAAACACCUCAGUGUUGUAUUCGGUUGUAAACAGGUCUUCAGCCCUGCCAAAGGAUGGACAUGAGCUGUUAGAAAACAGCUGUAGUGGGAAAACCCACUGUCCAUUGCAAUAAAGCCUCCAAAAAGAUUGGUUGUAGACUUGAAUCAAUACUUUUUGUGUCAUAUAUAAAUCCAGAGUGUGACUAGUGAAACAGAGAACUGCCUUCAGGUUGGAAGAGGAAUCAGGAGCUUGUUCUCUUCUUCCAGGGAAGUUUCCUUUCCAUGGUGGACCUGAUCUUUCUGGGUGCUGGGCUGCCCUAGCACCACCAUCCUGCUGAUGGCAUGGGCAGUGGGGUGAGGGUGGCUUCAUUUGCCAGAUAUCUUGGUUGAAACCAGGCUGAAUUACUGAGAACCAAAUGAAUGUUAUCACUUAGCACCUUAAUUAUUUUAUUUAGCUGCUGUGGCCCUUUGCAUACGAUUCCUCAUUAACACUUAAUUUACAGUGCCCUUUAGGGAUAAUUUCAAACAAUUCAGCUUAGUCUCCCCCUUCCCCCCUUCCAAAUGAACAAGUAAAUCACUCACAGUGACUAAUUAGGACUUUCCUUUCAGCUAAAUGAAGUCUGUAAACCUGUCUGUGGAUGUGGAGGCUUUUCACAUGUGUCCCUCCAAGGGCCUGGCCGUGGGGCUUGCGAUGCCUCAGGUGCCUGGGAUGGGGACAGGGCAGGAUGUGGAGCUCCCGAAAGGUGCUGAGUCCUCACUUGUGUGGCUGUAGCUCUGAUGGAGAGGGUGCCUGCCGUGGUGGCACAUACCCUGAGCUGUGUCUGCCCCUUUGCCCUCUCCAAGGACAACCCCCAAAUCCCUCUGAACAGACAGCAGUUGUGCCAAGCAGGGCUUUGUUGUCCAAAUCUGAAGGCAAGCUGGUGACUGAGCAACAGUAGCAUUGCUGGGGUGACACCUCUUGCAUUUUGUGGCCUGAAUUGUGUCUUUUCUUUCCUUUUUUCCUGUUUUAAUGCUGAAAUAAAUCAUCCGGGGGCUGAGGGGCUGCAGACCAGCCUCGCGACACAUGUCUCACCAUGGGUGCCCCAGCAGAGGGUGCCAGUGGCUCAGAUUUGCUCAUUCUCAGAGGAAAGAUUCAGCACUUGGGGCUGACUGAAUCCUUCCUUUGGAGCAGCAGGGAUGAGGAUAAAGCAGUUUCUUUAUUCUUGACCUAUAGGUAAGUAUAUACAUUUCCAAUUUCAUAGGAACUGCUGCUUCUCCUUUUAUUUUCUUACUUAUUUGAGCAGUACUUUAACAGAGAAGGCACUUCUGGCUUCAUGUGUGUUUGGGAAAGCCGGAUGUUGUAGGACUCUGCUCAGCCAUUCCAAAUGAGGAGGCAGGUGAGUAACAAUGGAGCAGCUACUUCUAAAAGGCUCCCCAAAAGCUUUGAAACCUCAGUGCCCACAGCAGUUCUCCCAACAGGGUGAUGUGGUGGAUGGAAGUUCCCACUUGUCCGUCAGUCCAACAGCCAUCACGACUCCCCUGCAGAUUUCCCUGUGCAGCCGCUGUAUCCGUGGAGCACCUUGAUUCAGCACUGGGUUUUCAGGCAAGGAUUACAGCGAGUUGCAUGAGGCUUGAAUUUUAAGAGACAGGAAUUUAAGCGUGUAACUAGGGCUGCAGCUCAGCCUUCUUUGCUUGAGAGCUGCAAUACAGGCUCCUGUGAGUGCAGUAAAUCCCACUCUGGAUGGCUCUGCUGUUCCCAUGUAGCCUGUUUCCCUUGGUGGUAAGUUCUGGCCUCACUUUGUCUCACUGGGAUCCCUCCUCUGGCCAGCUUUUGGAUGUAUCUGCCAUGGCUGAUGCUUUCUCCUCCUGCUCCAGGCUGAAGCCUGUGAGGAGUGCAGGGACCUCUGCACACUCACACCUUUGGAGAUGGAGCUUUGUGCUGUGUGACUUGCCCCUGAUCUAAUAAAUGCGAGCCAUUAAUUGGAUCAUUGCCCACUUCUCCAGUUAAUUUCCUGGGUAUUUUUAAAUGUUAAAAUGUAGUUUUUAUAGUCUUUCAUUAUUUUUAGCCUUAAGCUUCACUAUAAUCGUCCCUGUAAUGUAACUGUAAAAAACUCCCAGCGUUGUAUCAUAAAAGGAGGACAUUAAUUGUCAUUUUUUGUGUACAUCAGCAAGAUCAAAACAUGCUUCCUGAUUACUUCUGUUUGUACAUACAGUCUCUUUGAUAUUUAGAUAUGGAGAAAGUGUGCGUGUGUAAUGUGAAAGUCAGCUCUUCCCUCCCUGCUGCUUGGCAGAGGCUUAUUUACCAAAUUGAGUUUAAAAUUUAGUCAGUGCCCUUCCAAAAUGAUUUCUUAACAAUCAAAGUGUCUCUGAGCACAGUGGCAUGAUAUUUGUCCCCCUUGGUUCAGAAGAUGCGUGCCGUGCCUCGGCCUUUUUGUGCUCAGACAGGGGCAAACACAAACCUUUUCAUCUCCCAAAAUCA